AUGAUGAGACUCUACUGCUCUCAGACUGUUUCCAGCAUAGAAAUAAUCACAGAGUCGAGUCGUCUUUGGCCAAAUCCUUUUGACAGGCUUUUUAAUGCCACCAAGUUUAUUCGCAAACCCGAAUCGCAGGAGAAACCGGAUUUGGAAUUUUACCAUCCUGACGAUCUGAAACUGUUGCAUACGGUCAAGACUCAAAAGAUAAUUCCUCCGCAACAGCUCGCCAAUGAUCAGCAGCCUUAUCCAAUCGCAAAACUCGUCGAGGAACUGUUCCCCGGCUUCAAGUUCACCACUUCACGACCACGGAAAUCCACUAAUCCGCCAGCACCUACAAGCAAGGAAAAAGUCAAUCGACCUGUUAGAAAAUCAGAAGGCAGCGCACCUAAGAAAAAAAGAAAGCAUUCAAAACCUUUCUGGGGUCCUCCUAUCGCCACUACGUCACCUCGACCAAGGUUUUACACGAGACCAACUACGAGACAGAAUCCUUUGAAAAACAGCCAAGAGGACAACAUCGAAGACUCUGAAGAGCACAGGCCAUUGGAUGAGGACUUCUUGGCCAUCGCCAAUCCGCCCACUACGAAAAAUUCAGAAGCUCCGGUGAUAAAAAUAAAGCCUUCUCAUCCUUUCUGGGGCCCUCCAUUUGCAACGUCAACUACCUGGCCGCCGUACAACACGAGAACAGCGUCAUCUGCGAUUCCUCGCGAAACGGAAGACGAUUUUCCCUUCCAUCUCUCCAACGUCGCCAUCAACAACAACGAUAUUUCUGAGCACAGCACCCCAUUUAGCCCAAACGUUGCGGAACUGAAACAAUCUUACGACCAAGCGAACAGUAAUGAGCGUACACUACCGGAACACUUCCGAGAGCCGGUCCAUUUGAAGCCCGGCCCACCGUAUCACGAAACAACGAGUAAGCAACAACAACAACAGGAGCAUCAUGAUCCGUUGGACCAAAACAUCUGGCAUCCGCUCACGCAAACAGUUACGGAGCCGACGUUUAUCCCGAUACCCCCAAAAUCGGACUUGCCGCAACAGCAGCUGCUGGAACCGGGAGUCGCAGACAAUCACGAGCAACACUUUCCUAUCUAUUCCGGCAUCACCCCCAUUCUGGAUGUGAGCCAGCUUCAAUCAAAGGAAACCGACUCUGCAGCUUUGGCCUCGUACCCGAAGAAGACCUAUCCGCAUCCCGCCAAACCGGAAACUCACGUGAUCUAUCACCAACCACCUGCGACACACAACAAUUACUAUCACCCGCCGACUGGGCUGACUCACGUGGAUUUCAGUCCGAUAUUCUUGGCCAUCGUCCCGAUCGCCUUGUUCUUGGGUGCAGCGGCAGCAUUCGCAUUGGCAUCCGCAGUGACUUCCAGCACGGCAGUGGCGACAGCUCAACAGCAGCAACAACAACAAGAGGAGAGCAGCAGCAACAACAAUAAUGAUAACAACAGCAACAACAACAACAUGAACACCAUUCUAUCUCUGCUGGCAGCAUUCAACGAAGUCAAGAAACAUCACGAUGACAGUCACAAGAUUGUCAUCGUCACCGAUGAGCCGGAUCUUACAAAGGUGGCCGCCACUGAUGUCCCUGCUGUAACGAUCGACCCGCCGUCGCCGUCGCCUUCGCUUCCGCCUUCGCUUCCGCCUUCGCCGCCGCCUUCGCCCUCGCCCUCGCUAUCCUUAUCAGGGCCGUUCUUCGUCAAAGUAAAUUUAUCAACGACGCCAACUCCGCCAGGAGAGUACGACCACAAAAAGAUGAUGUAUUAUCACCAUAUGAAUGGAGUUACGUGAGGGCAAAUAUUUCGCCGGCGACUGAACAAUCAACGGAAUUUUCUAUGAAACAUGCGCAUUCAAUUAUUAAUGAUUUCCUGUUUGACCUGUAACCGAACUAACCCCCAUCAUCUAUAUUGAGAGCUUUAAAACUAAUUUAUUAUUACGCUUGCCAUUUUCUAACCCUGUAAUAACGGCUGCAGUUCAUUCACGAGUUACAAAUGAAAUAAUCACAUGAGCAACCUUUUGAUUUACAAUGACAUUUUGGGGUUAUAGUGUGCAAGAUAAUUUCACCGUUCCGUUAUAGUCUAACAGCUACGCUUUAAUUUUCGAUUUUAUUGUUCACUUUUGAAGCUUCGCUGUGCGUAUAAACCUUUUUGUUAAUCAAA